AUGCUGAGGUCCGGCAGCUCUAUCCCCGAGGGCAGCCUGGUCUACGUGCAGGAGGGGAGCAACGCCUUCCUGCGCACCCCCCGGGGCUGGAGCAGGCUGCUGCUGGAGGACUCGGAGUCGCUCUUUGUGGGUGAUGACCCCUCCGCCUCCACGCCGCAGUACCAGGAGGCAAAGCAGGCACAGACACGAGGUCCCAACACAGAGCCACCCUCAGGGGCCCGGGCAGAUGCACUGGUCCUGAAGGAGGAUGGAGAUGGGCUGCCCAGCACCCUGCCGACCACCGUUGCCCCCAGGAUGCCUUCUCUCCGUCUGGUGGCCCUGAACGUGCCUCUCUCCGGGGACAUGAGCGGCAUCCGCGGCGCCGACCUGCAGUGCUACCGGCAGUCACAAGAGGCCCGGCUCUACGGCACUUUCCGUGCGUUCCUGUCAGCUCCCAGCCAGGACCUGGCCUCCAUCGUCAAGAGGACGGACAGGACCCUCCCCAUCGUCAACCUGAAGGGCCAGCUGCUGGCUCGCUCCUGGAGCUCCCUCCUGCAGAGCCAGGCUGGAGCCGCCCCGCGGGGCCCCAUCUACACCUUCAAUGGGCGCAACGUGCUGACGGAUGCCCUCUGGCCCCGCAGGCUGGCAUGGCACGGAUCCACGCUGCGGGGCGGCCACGCUCAGCGCCGGGAUUGCCAGGGCUGGCGGAGCUCCGGCCCCGGGGACGGCCUGGCGGCCCCGCUGGGUCAGGGCAGGCUGCUGGCCGGGCGGCGGCACAACUGCUCCGAGGCACUGGUCGUGCUGUGCGUGGAGGUCGCCUUCCCGUAUCGCCACAUGUGGUGA